AUGCCAGGCGACAGCCCGACGACAUUUGGUAACCAGAUCGAGAACACGAUGCGGUGGGAGGAAUUCUCCAUCACGCAAGCCGUGCCUAAUCUUUGGAACCUCGCAGCGCGUGACUCGUUGGACGGCAAGCAGCUGCCUGCUCUGCCGGCAGCUGCACUGACGGAAGGAACCAGUCAGCCGGCAGCGCAACCAGCAGACGGUCAGAAGGUCGGUGGAAAGCGGCAGCUUCCGGCCGUGGGAUUGAGUCCGACCCGAUGCUCCCCGCGACUGAAGAAACGACAGGAGAUUGCGGCACUGGCAGUCUCCUCGUCGCCGAGACCCCUCUUCGCGAUGUCGCCUCCAGCGUCGCCGAAGUCGCCGAAAUCGCCCAAAGCCCCUAGGUCGCCGAAGACUUCCAAGGUCGCGGAGUCUGUGUCGCCGAGGCGAUCGCCGAGAAAUCAUGCGAAAUCUCGCUUGGCGUUGGAGAGUGCGGGGGAGGUCGCAGAGUCGCACGGGCGAGGGAAGGCGACAGCAGCAGCGUCGCCGGCAGCAGCCUCUCCUAAGCCUGGAGAACGGGCGAAUCGGAGGGUGAACACUCGUUGUAAGGACCGACGUAACUUUGAGGAGUGGAUUCAGAAGGACGACGGGCUCAGUACCGUCGGUACCGCGGCUGAGGAUGCGAAGAAAAGCGGCGGCGGAAACGAUCGUGAGAAGGCACCCGUGGAAGGGAAGACUGGAGAGGCUGAGGAAGGAAAGUCGGAGCCAGCGGCUGUUGCCGGCAUUGUCCGCAAUGCUAGUGCGGGGAAAGGGAGCUCGGGGCUCGUCGACCCAGCCCACGUCGUCGCCGAGAAGCAGAACCCGCCAAUGGCGGUCUCGGCAAUGUCAGCCGCGACGCCUGAGGGAGCGGCUGGCGGGGAGCAGGCGGCUGCAGCGUGCGACGGAGUGACGCCGGAGGAGGCCGUCGCGCGUUCGGGCUUGCUGUCGUCGUUCCUCAGUCCGGGGCUCGACGACGUGAAGGGCAUGGGGCUGGGGUUCUCGCUCACUCCCGUCGACAAGUCCAGGGCCGCGAUCACAGAACCCGAACGCGGCGCAGUGGCGGUCACGGCCGCGGCGGCGGCGGCAGCUGAAGCAGCAGGAGAGGGUAUCGCUCCCGCGCCUGAACAACUCAUGUCGUCGUUUCUGACCCCUGGUGUGUUGGACCACAGCGAUGGGGACCUUGACGGGCUGCUCGAGACGCCGGACGGGGCUAGCUCAAGCGUGGGGAGGCGUACGGGCGGUGCUGAUUGGUUGGAUAGUGCGCUACUGGGCUUGGAAGAGGGUGUUGGUGCUGCGGGUUUCGCGGGUGAUGCGGGGAGUCCGCUGCAGCUGGUGGGUGAGGCGGUCGCGCUGGAUCCGCUUCCGCGCGUUCCGCUGGAUCCGCCUCAGGAGUGCGCGCCGCUGCGUCUGGAGAGCGCGCUGAACGCCGCGCUGUUGCUGCCGGCGCCACUCGCGGCGAACGAUCAGGCGGAUGGAGCGGCGGCUGUUGGGAAGCUCUCCGGCAAUGGUGCCUUCGGCUCCCCGCAGGACCGCAUUGCGGGAAAGGGGGGUGGCGGCGAAGGGGCAGAGGGCGGAGCAGCGGGGAGUUACGGUGGGGAAGGUCGCGCGCGCGAGAGCGUGGGGAAGAAGGGGCGGCGGGAAAGCACUGGCACGAGUCCGGAACCGGGUGCUUGGAGGGAGAGCGGGAAGGAGGGCGGCGGAGAGGCGGGGGACGCGGGGGAAGCGGGGGGCAGAGUCGAGGAGAUGGCGGGAGAGGAAGAGGCGGCAACUGAGUUUUCCACAAUCGGCCGAUUCCCCUACCUGACUGCCCGCCCCGCUGUCACCGCGUCCGUGGGCGGGAUGGCUCCUAUCGAGGCGGGGACGGGCGCGGAGGAGAUGGAGACUCCGCCGAGGCGGGUGGCGAAGAGCAGGAGCGGCGGAGGCGGUGCGCGCGAGGCGGAAGGCGGUUCGCCGAGGGACGGGGACUCGCCCAUCAUGGGUGUGGUGUCCGCCGGCAAGGAGGGCGCGGGCGGCAGCGCCAGGCAGGGCGGAGAGGUUGCGCGGAGUGGGGGGAAACGCGAGGAUGCGGAAGAUGGAGAGAACGGGGGGGAUGAGGGUGAUGCGGAGGAGCGGAGUAUGGGGCUGGUGGGGUGGAAUGAGGGAGUGAGGCGGGCGUUUGAGGAUGUGGAGAUGGGGGAGGAGCUGGUGGGGGGGUUCGAUAUGGCGGAAGUGGGCUGGGGGGAGGAGAUGGCGGGCGGGGUGGGCGGAGGAAUAGAGAGUGCGGAGCAGGUGCGCAUCCGCGGCGUCCGGUGGCUCGAGUGGUUCUUUUCCAUGGCUGGGGUGAGUGCAGCUCGUGGUGCUGGCUGUGAUGUGAAGCAGUGGCAUCGUAGUGUGUUGCGUGAGCGUGCGAUUCUGGGUCUUCUAUCCACCGGUUUCACACUCUUUCGUGAUCUCCUGCCCCGCACGCGCGCUCCCCCUCCGCAGAUGUCGCUAGAGAAGCGCAAGUCGGGGGUGCUGGAGCAGUCGCCCUGGACUCCGCGCACGCCCAGGGAGCGCGCGGGGGAAGCGAGUGCGGGAGAGCGCCUGUUCCGCCGCUUGUGCCUGCAGCCGCAGGAGGAGGCAGUGGAGAAGCUGUGCGCGGAGCAUCUGGCGCGCGUGGCGGAGGAGCAGCAGCAGACUGACGCGCUCGAGGACGCCAUGGCUGCCAGCAGCACAGUACUCGCCCAGCUCGCUGCUGUGAGUGGCCCACGCUCGCGCCCCCUCCCCUCUUCCCACCUCUCAUCAAGGCAACCCCGCGCAGCAGAAGGUGCUCAAGGAGCGACUGCUCGCCCUCAAGAGCCUCCUCAGGUGGAGCAGCAUCGGGUGGUGGAGCGCAGGGCGGCGGAGGAGGCAGCAGCGAGGCGAGUGGGCGAGCUGCUGGCGGACGUGAGGGCGAGGAGGGCCGCGGCAGAGCGAGCGCUCAAGGAGAGGGAGGAGAAGGCAGCGGCGCAUCAGCAAAGCCGGCUCCAGGAGCUGAGACAGCAGAGGCAGCGUCUGCAGGAGGAGACGGACGCCAUGCGGAGAGAGCUGGCCGCCCGCCACGAGGCCCUGCAGGCCCGCUGCCAGCCCACGGGCGAGCCCCAGAUGCAGACACAGACAAGGACACAGUCACAGGCGCGGAUACAGUUACAGCCACAGACAGUGGCUGAGCCUGCGCCUGGGACGGCAGAAGAAGGAGGAGGUUUCAGGGCCGCUGCAGGGAAGACCGGGGUGGAAGGUGCUGAGGGAGAGAACACGGGUGCUGUGUCGGACCCUGUCAGAGCUGCCAAGAUAACGGAGUUUCUGCAGGUACAGAGCGGUUCUGGGUCCUUGCUGUUGCCACCUGUCCCACUUGAUCUGGAGGUUCAAUCUGCUCUCCCAGCCCACAGCUCAUUUGAUUAUGCCAACAUCUCUCGUGAUUCUAUCUACCACCCUUGCCAACCGUGCCACUCCUGCCUUCCCCCUGCCAACCCCUGUCUACCCCUGUCUACCCCUGCCUCCCCCUGUCUCCCCUGUCUCCCCCUGUCCCCCCCUGUCUCUCCCUGUCUCUCCCUGUCUCUCCCUGUCCCCCCCUGUCUCCCCCUGUCUCCCCCUGUCCCCCCCUGUCUCCCCCUGUCUCCCCCUGUCUCCCCCUGUCUCCCCCUGUCUCCCCCUGUCUCCCCCUGUCCCCCCCUGUCUCUCCCUGUCUCCCCCUGUCUCCCCCUGUCUCCCCCUGUCUCCCCCUGUCUCCCCCUGUCUCCCCCUGUCUCCCCCUGUCCCUCCCUGUCUCCCCCUGUCUCCCCCUGUCUCCCCCUGUCUCCCCCUGUCUCCCCCUGUCCCUCCCUGUCUCUCCCUGUCUCCCCCUGUCUCCCCCUGUCCCCCCCUGUCUCUCCCUGUCUCCCCCUGUCCCUCCCUUUCUCUCCCUGUCUCCCCCUGUCCUUCCCUGUCUCUCCCUGUCUCCCCCUGUCUCCCCCUGUCCCCCCUGUCUCUCCCUGUCUCCCCCUGUCCCUCCCUGUCUCUCCCUGUCUCCCCCUGUCCCUCCCUGUCUCCCACUGUCUCCCCCUGUCCCCCCCUGGGUGGAGGCUGCGUGAGUACCAGCAGUCACAAGACGGCACCCAGGUGGACCUCGUGCUCUCCGUGCUCCACUUUGUCACCCUCAGAGUGCACAUCGACCUGGCGACAUCUUCCUUCUCCCUCUCGCCAGCCAUCAACCAUUCAGUGGUCGCCAAGGUGCGCUCUGCUCCGACCCUCGCAUGUUGUUUCUGCUCCAGCCCUCGCAUGCGGUUUCAUCCCCUGCCUAGCCUCCUCUCCUUCUCCCUCUCGCCAACAAUCAACCACUCAGUGGUCGCCAAGCAAUUCCCUCUCUUUGAGGUGGUGCCUGCAAUGGAAGCGCUGGUGGUGGGGCCUACAGGAGGUUCCUCUCAGCCGCGUUCCUCGCCCCUCACUGCUGCUGCCAUCGCCGCUGCUUACCAGGGAGUGCUGCUACGAGCAGGGCGCACACACGCGUUGGUGCAGGAGCUGUGGGAGCAGAGGCAGAAGCUCAUGAGGGUCAUGCCAUGCCUUACCAUGCAGCCAUAUGGCACCUCAGGUGAUGUCGUGGUGCGGGCUUCGUUCGUGCACUUUGAUCCCUUCACCAAGGUCGUUCUCAGCUGUCGCAUCCCCUACCAAAUAAGCGGCAUGUCUUAUCCAUUCAUGCGCCCCCACGUGGAGGUGGAGGUGCCUCACAGCCGAAAGCUGCCAGCACAGCAGGUGCAGCACGCAGUGGCAGCAGCAGCAGCGGGGGUGCCUGAGGAGUAUGGGCUCAUGGCCCGCAUGCUGCAAGCGGUGGCAGGUACCCUCCAGACUCUCAUUGGGAAUUGA